UUUUUUUCUGGUUAAUCCAGUUGUGGCCCAUCUUCGGAUCAUCUUCCGCUCAUUGCCAUGGAGGGUCCGCGGAUCUUCGACAUGGCGGCCGAUGAGGGUGCGGGCUCGGAGGUGCAGAAUUGGCUGGAAGAGCUAGGCUUGGGGCGCUACUUCGGCCUCCUUCAGGCCGAGGGCUUCGAUGACUUUCGCAUCUGCCGCCGGGCCACUGAAGAGGACGUGAGCGAGCUGGUGGUGCUUUGUGCUAUGCCGCGGCUCCACGAGCGUCAGUUCCGCCGCGCGCUGAAGGAAUUGUGCAAGGGUGAGGAGGACGAGGACUCCACACUUCCACACGAAGUGACGGGCGGGGGGUCAACGCCACGCUCGCGGGCCAGCCCAGGAGCAGCGCCAGGGAGUACCUGGGAAGUCAUUGGCGGCCGCUCUGCCGGUGGGGUACUGGUGCGCAAUGGGCAGGACCUGCGCUCUCCGGAAGCGGCCUCUCGGCUGGGCUUCCGUGCGACAGUCCGUGAGCUGGAUUUAGUUGGCACCCGCUUGAACUUUGAAUUAGUCACAGGGAGAGGGCCCAAGACCGGCUGGGUGAGCAUCAAAGUCUCUGGCAAGGACUUGCUCGUGAGGCUUGAACCGGAGAUCCCUUCAACCUGCGAGGCGACCUCGGAGAAUGAGGAGCCACCUGAGCUGGUGGCACAGGACGACGACGAUGAAGAGGUUCUGUCAGUGGAGAGUGAGGAGCAUACCUCGAAGGAGGUAGAAGCCGUGAGGUCGGAGAGGGAGAUGGAAAGCCACGGUCGAAGCGCCGUUCCCUUUGAAGUGCCGGAUCGGGUGAGAGGAGCUCAAAACGGGAACGAUGGACGGUUCUCAUUGCAGCGGGGAAGACUCAGCAAGGAGUGGUUGAAGAAGGACUUCGAGCUGCGCCCCAACGGCUAUGCCAUGAUGCGGAGGCCUGUCGAGAACUCCCUCUCUGCGGCCGUGGCUAUGGCGAGGCAGCCUCUCUCACGGCCCAAUGUCCCUGUCAUGACUGCCCUGCCGCACCCCAGAAUGAUCUAGCGGAGGCAGCUUGGACUGGAAACCCACGCGAAUCAGUGGAAAAGCUGCGCUUCGGCCCCGCAUGCCACGCGGGGUGGGUUCCGGCCGGAAAGAGUGACCUUUGUUUCGAAGGGUUUUGUUCGUUUUUUUCCACUAGAGGUGUCCAAGGUCAAUGACGUUAUGCUCGACCAGUCAAGGGCUUGAAUUGUAAAAAUAUAUCCC